GCUCCGUCGGCUUGCUCAGGCUGAGGGAAGUUUUAUGCGGUCUGAGAGAUCAGGGCAACGUUAUUUAGGUUGACAUUUGCUGAGUUGUUGCUCACUAGUUCGCAAAUGGUGUUAAGACAUGCCGCUUUAAAACCAUCCUCAGCCGAAUCUAGAAACUGUUCGGAUAUGACCGGAACUGCAGCUUUAAAGACGGACGCUAACGUAGUGGUCCUGGGAGCAGACAGGGUCGGCAAAACUGCGCUCACAGUACGUUUUCUAACUCGGAGAUUCAUUGGAGAAUAUGGAGAUAUUGAAUCAAUAUACAGGCACAACGUUAUUGUGGAUGGAAGAGAGAUUUCUUUCAGUAUCUGGGACUGCCCGUAUUCGCAGGACCUGUCUGAAGUGAAGUGUAUCCAGGAGAAGAGGACCCAGUGGGCGGAUGGCUUCAUUCUGGUGUACAGCAUCUGUGACCGAGCCAGCUUCAGCAUCAUCCGCCAGCAGAUCCAGUGCAUCAAAGCCACGAAGGAAUACCUGGGUGUGGAGAAGGUGCCCAUCGUGAUCGUGGGCAACAAGCGGGACCUGCACCACCUGAGGACCGUGUCCAGUGAGGAGGGCAGGCUCCUGGCCCUAUCCACAGACUGUGGGUUUUACGAGGUGUCUGCAGCAGAGACCUACCACGGCGUCCUGCUGGUAUUUCACGGGCUGCUGGAAAAAAUCCGAGACUCCAGGACCUCGGCCAAGAAGCCAGCCGGGAUCAAGAGCAUUGUGAAGAGCAUGUCUGCGGUAUUCGCAAGAAAGAGGACGGACUCUGUGUAGCAAACCGGACCCGGGGGCUGCUGCCACACUCCGGCUUUCAGUAACUCUUCCUGCUGUUAAACUGCUGGCUUACUCACCCUGGCUGCUUAGUAAAACUGUUUUUAAAAAAGAAAAACAUAUUUUAAUUAGGGUGAGCUUUUUAAAAGCGGUCCCCAUUAUGGCAUUAAAGUAGAAACAGUGGAAAAGGGUUUUCAUGUAUUGUACCAAACACUCCUAAUCAAAACGGAAAUGCUUAAAAUCAAAUCGUGUUAGAAAAAAAAAAAAAAGCAUAUUUUUGGGAAGGACUGUAAGUAGAUGAUCAGGGUGACUGUACUGAACUAGUUUCCUGAGAAGCACUUAAUGGAUGAAGUGGAGAGUGGUUAAAGGGGAGGUAAGGACAGCUGCAAUGAGCAAGGUCGUAACACAACACUUAAUCAGGGCGAGUGGCAAGGAAGUAAAUACUGAAUCCAAAGUGAGCAGCACUAGCGAAAUAUUACAAUACUGAACAGGUCAGCAACACAAGGAGGUGCUGCCGGCUGUGUGUUCCUUUCCAGUCACUUAGUUUAACAGAAAAGGUCCCUUGAGAUGAGACACACGUCCAUUAUAAGGAGAUCCCAGGGGAAACAGAGUGUGAUUUGGGUCUGUCAGGCACCUCAGGAAACCCUUUGUUGAGCCCCAGUUGCUUUUGCAACCCGGUGAACCUUGUCUAUAUUCAUUUUACACUACCUCCUUGUGGAUACUUUGUCCCUUGUUUCGUUAUUCUAUUCACCAAUGCAAUACACAAUCCUCUAUCUGCCCGCUGUCCUGCUGUAUCUGAUACCCAUAACAUUGCAACGUCUGUGUUUGUAUUUAGAUUGUAAUAAAGAGUAAUAUUGGUAUAUGAAGCUCAAACCUGCCAUCUUUGCAUUCACACCCACAUCAAAGCCAAUAUAUCAAAGGAGAGCCUUCCAGAAUUAUAAAGUUUUGAACAAAAGUAUUGACAAGAAUCUCUGUCCAAACCCUGAAAUGGAAAGCGGGUAUUCUUCCAGACUGGCUGGUAUAUAUUUGUACCCUUAAAGAAAGGUUGAAGCCCUGUGUAAUAGGCAUGCAGGGCAAUAAAACACUGGGGUAGUGUAAAGACAGAAAACUAAAACAGAAGCAAACACCACUCCUGGACAUGCACAAUGAAAAUGUGUUGAUGCCACUUGUAUAAUGAACUGUAAAUAUGUACAUGUACUAAUUUAAGUUAAAUGUAAAAUAUUUCUAUUCUUUUUCAGCUCAUGCUGUAACAAAUACACAUAAAGAUCUUAUCUUUACUACUG